AUGUCCCGCAGCGCAGCGGCCAGUGGUGGACCCAGGAGGCCUGAGCAACAUCUGCCCCCAGCCCCCUGUGGGGCCCCGGGGCCCCCUGCACCCUCCAGGACGGAGCCAGACGGCGCAGGCACUAUGAACAAGUUACGCCAGAGCCUGCGGAGGAGGAAGCCAGCCUACGUUCCUGAGGCCUCACGCCCGCACCAAUGGCAGGCGGAUGAAGACGCGGUGCGCAAGGGCACGUGCAGCUUCCCGGUCAGGUACCUGGGCCAUGUGGAGGUAGAAGAGUCCCGGGGAAUGCAUGUGUGUGAAGAUGCUGUGAAGAAGCUAAAGGCGAUGGGCCGGAAGUCCGUGAAGUCUGUUCUGUGGGUGUCAGCUGAUGGGCUCCGAGUGGUGGAUGACAAGACCAAGGACCUGCUGGUAGACCAGACCAUUGAAAAGGUCUCCUUUUGUGCUCCUGACCGCAACCUGGAUAAGGCUUUCUCCUAUAUCUGCCGCGAUGGGACCACACGACGCUGGAUUUGCCACUGCUUCCUGGCACUCAAGGACUCUGGCGAGAGGCUGAGCCACGCCGUGGGUUGCGCUUUUGCAGCCUGCCUAGAACGAAAGCAGAGGCGGGAGAAGGAAUGUGGGGUCACAGCCGCCUUCGAUGCCAGCCGCACCAGCUUCUCCCGAGAGGGUUCCUUCCGCCUGUCUGGAGGUGGACGUCCCACUGAGCGAGAGGCCCCAGACAAAAAGAAAGCAGAGGCAGCAGCUGCCCCCACUGUGGCUCCAGGCCCUGCCCAGCCUGGACAUGUAUCCCCGACGCCAGCCACCACGUCCCCUGGUGAGAAGGGUGAGGCAGGCACCCCGGUGGCUGCGGGCACCACUGCGGCAGCCAUCCCCCGGCGCCACGCCCCUCUGGAACAGCUGGUUCGCCAGGGCUCCUUCCGUGGGUUUCCCGCACUCAGCCAGAAGAACUCACCUUUUAAACGGCAGCUAAGCCUGCGGCUGAAUGAGCUGCCUUCCACACUGCAGCGUCGCACUGACUUCCAGGUGAAGGGCACAGUGCCUGAGAUGGAGCCUCCUGGUGCCAAUGACAGUGACAACAUCAAUGCUCUGUGCACACAGAUCAGCUCGUCUUUCGCCAGUGCUGGGGCUCCAGCGCCUGGGCCACCGCCGGCCACAACAGGGACUUCUGCCUGGGGUGAGCCCUCCGGGCCCCCUGCAACUGCCUUCCAGCCUGGGCACAAGCGGACACCUUCGGAGGCUGAGCGGUGGCUGGAGGAGGUGUCCCAGGUGGCCAAGGUCCAGCAGCAGCAGCAACAGCAACAAGGGGCUUCAGUGCCCUCUGUGCCCACCAUACUCCCCUCCCUGCAGCCCUUCCCUGCUCCCUUGGGGCCCUUCGACACAGCCCCUGCCCAGGGAGCUGUGUUCCUGCCACCCCCACACAUGCAGCCCCCAUUUGUGCCCGCAUACCCAGGCCUGGGUUACCCGCCCAUGCCCCGGGUGCCCGUGGUGGGCAUCACACCCUCUCAAAUGGUGGCCAACGCCUUCUGCUCCGCCGCCCAGCUCCAGCCCCAGCCCGCCACCCUACUCGGAAAAGCUGGGGCCUUCCCACCCCCUGUCGCACCCAGUGUCCCUGGGGGUCAGACCCACCCACGUCCCAAUGGGGCCCCUUGGCCCCCUGAGCCAGCACCCGCCUCAGCCCCUGAGUUGGACCCCUUUGAGGCCCAGUGGGCAGCGUUAGAAGGAAAAUCUGCCACAGAGAAACCUUCCAACCCCUUCUCUGGGGACCUGCAGAAGACCUUUGAGAUUGAACUGUAA